ACGCGAGACAACAUCCAAACGUCCCGGUUGGCAGCCUUCUUUUGCAAAGCAACCCUACGUCCGACAAAGAAAGGCCACACUGGCAGGCAUAUCUCGCACCGAUCUCGCGUCUCAAUCUCAUUGGUGUAAGCGGCGCUAAACUCACUUGCCAAAUGAAUAGCGAAUUUCCCCUUCGGAUAUCAUUUUUGUGAUGCUUCCUCUCUUCCGAGUUCUAGACAAUUGCUAAUAAUACCAGUGAUCGCAAAUUUUUCCUUAUAUCGUGAUAUUCGCAUUAUACGGUGAUACUUUAUCGUGCAAGCUGUUCGUGCGCCGCAAAAACGGGUAACGCGGGCGUGUAUGUGUGCGUGUGAAUGGGAGGGGUGAUGAAAAUUGGAUCUGCUCACGACACCGUGCCGCUGCAGCGUUGAUGCGUUGGUCUGGCGUUGGUUGUUGGUUUUGAUUUUUUCCCCCAUAUUUCUUUAUCGGAAAAGUUAGGUCAAUGGUGGAAAGCAGUGAAAACGGUGUUAAAUCUCGGUGCUUUGCGAAGGGAAACUUGUUCGGUGGUGUUGUUAGUGUGACGCGUACAUGCCGCAAAACGGCAAAAUUAACAUCAAUCCGGUCGCGCUACGCUUUGGACAGCUAAGCGCGAGCUGCCACUGUUGCCAUUUGGCUCCUUGGUAAGCACAGCAACAGCACCGGUCAAUAGAUAGAGUGCCCGGGUAAUUGUAGUUCGUGACGGUGGCAACCGGGCGGUGUUGAGAAUGGUCGUUUCGAAGGAAGGUAAACGCCGGCGUAAAGUGUCGACCAUCGCACAAGCCGGUGGCGGUAGCACCAAUCCAUCUUCCGGCAGCGGGUCUAACGGCCCCAUUACUAACGUAGCAGCAGAACGUGAUCUUUCUCCGCCAGAAAUACCGAAACGCCCGAAAGUGCACGCACAGCGAAAAUUCGCUCAAGGACAGGGGACGGCUUCUUCGUCUUACCUUAGUUAUUCUUCUGCACCUCCAACACCCGGCAAAGAUGGCCAGAACCGAGCCUCACAGUCUGGGCCAGGAAAUGGCACCACACCGACCGUAUCUGGCAGCGGGACGGGUUCAGAAGCCAGCCCACAAGUACCGGAACUGUUACCGAACAUGCGACCAAACACGGAAGAUUUCUUGACGUUCCUUUGCUUUCGUGGAACUCCGGUAUUACCGCCUGCGUUAGAUUUUUUCAACAAAUCUAACACCGGCGCCACUACGAAUGCGGGACACAGUAGCAGCGGUGGAAGACAAACGUCCACACCGGGCGGUUCAGGUAGUUCCAAGCUAAAAUCGCAACAAUCGAAGAUAGCUACAUCGACGAACGAAACACCCGGUCCAGCUGUGAUGCCCUGUUCCACUUCCUCUAAGCUAAUCGAACCAAAACAAACGCAAGAAAAACAGGACAACGCCACUUCGAAUAAACCCGUACAGCACGAACCGGCGGCUAGCCAGGAAAAGCAAAUCAUUCCUGCUCCAGCGGCAGCCGUGCCAGCUACUACGUACAUCCCUUUUGCUGUACGCAAACGUGCCGAACAACAUCCAGUUCUAGCAGAGACACGAUCCGAUCGAAAGCGCACGCAGGAUAAGAUGCAGGCACUACGCAAAAAGUAUCACGAUCAGCGGGUGGCUAAACUGCGAGCAACGACACAGGGUCAGCGACAGAGUGGACGAGGCAAUGUUUCUAUAACUACCCGGUCCUCUAGCGUUCCUACAAAGCCGCCUCGAGAAGAGCAAGAAGACGAAGAGCCAAAUGGUUCGGACAAUGAACCAAUGGAAGAUGGCAAAGCAGAAGACGAGGCGAAGGAGGAGAAUAAGCAUGAUAAAAAAGUUUCGGCCGGAGAAGAACCUAACGUUGGCAAACGAAAAAGUGGUCUUCGGAGCAGCGGUGCAGCAUCUCACGCCUCAAGUCCGGCCGUCGAAAGUGCCAAAGGAUCGCCUACAAAAAUUGCUCGCAAUGCAAAGCGUGAUUCUUCAAAGGCUGCGAACGUACAGGAAGAACCCAGUAAAGAAUCGCCGUCUAAAACAGCCGAAAGUAAAACGCCUAACAAAUCGGGUAAAAGUUCACCUACCCCCAAUUCACCUGCGGAAGAUUCUACUAAACCGAGUACAACUCGCGGUACAAGCAGCAGUUCGAAGAAGUCCGUUAAAGAAACUCCUAAGAGUUCACCUGUACGGCAACAACAACAACAGCCUUCGACCGCUGUUUCCGAUGUGGAAGGAAAAGAAAAACGAACGACAAGGUUAUCCGCUUUACGGAAUCCUCCUUCAGUAGCAACUAAAUCGGAUACGAUUAAAAGUGCAAAGGACAAACGGAAGCAGCAGGAACGUGUUGAUUUUUCAUCCGACGAUGACGAACCACUAUCGCGGACUACAGCGGCGGAAAAACGUUCGACGGAUACGGUGGCCGCUAACGAGCCCGGUAAAACGACCCGUUCCGGAAGAAGUCGCAAGUCGGAACCAGCCACACUGGAGAAAGAUCCGGAUGAAAUGCCGGAUAAAAAGACUCGUCGAUCCGAAUCGGUUGUAAGCCGCCGUUCGGACAUAAGCUCGAGAAAGUCGGAGAUGCGCGAGGUAGGCACGGCGAAGAAAGCGGAAGAGCUUCCAAAACAACAGCAGCAGCGAGGGCGAAAACGGAAAGAACCGACCCAACCACAACCGGUCGGUAAAUCAUCUAAAGAAGAUGAACCCAACAACGAGGUGAAGAAUGAGCUGCCUUCGUCGGAGAGUGCGGAACCGACGGAACGUAAGCAGUCGGUAGCUGCAGGUGGAAGAAAGAAGCGGGAAACACCCGCAAUCGAUACAACCCGUGACGGCACACUAACACCGGAAGUGGAGGAAAAGAAACCGAAAACGGCAUCAUCGACGCCGGUCGAAUCGAUAAGUACAUCGCGUCCAUCGCGCAAAACAAAGGAAGCGGCCACGCUGUACAUGGAGCUGAUCGGAAGAAAGCUAAAUCACGACGACAAGUCGGACGAUGACGCAUCGUCGCUGGACAGUCUCGAGCUGCCGAAUGUGCGCAGGCUAGAACGGAUGGAGAACGAACUAAAGGCGAACGCCACUAAGACACGGGACGCAAAGCAGCAAACACCAUCCGGCAGUGCCGUUUCAACGCCCAAGGGUGUCAGCAAAGCGAAAAGGAAAGGCCAAUCAACGAACGAAGCAAAACAAGGGGCCGAUUCGGUGGACGAUGCCGGAAAGCAGCAGCCGGCUGCUGAGGGCGCUGACAUAAAAAUAAUUGAAAAAAGCUUUAGUGAUUCCGACGAGGAACCGUUGGCCAGUAAAUUUCAGCGCAAACAGCAACAAACUCGCCGCCAGCCAUCGAAAACAAAAGCAGCCGCCGCUAAGCUUCCCGCCGGCCGUAGAAAUGCAAAGAAAGCGACCGUCGCGGAUGAGGCGAAAUCGGGUGACGAACAAUCAUCACCCGAGAAGAAGGAAAGCCCAGAGAAGCCAUCAAAGAGCGACGAAAAGGUACGGCAACAAGCGAUGACAAAAAAGGCAACAGGGACAACACCAACAGCAGCAGCCACCAACAGCAUAAGUCCGCCAUCAGCCGGCACAGCUAAACAGAACGGUACAUUGGGCGUUAAUGUGUCUGUUGGUGGGAGCGCAAUCAGAACUCCUACAAAAAUGGCCGCAACCAGUGCGCUCACCAGUCCAGUGGAAUCUCCGGUCCUUUCUUCCGACCAUCUAAAAAGUCCCACCACAUCGGAAGGUCUAAAUGUAUCGAGAUUAAACAAAUCCAUGGACAACACGCAGCUGUCCACCACGGUUGAGCCGGCCGAAAGCCCGAUAAAGAUACCGCAAAUGUUGAACAUACCAACGGUCAUACCGACGCAAACGUCAUCCUUUCUGCAGGUAACAACUCCAACGCACCAGCAGGCCCCAUUUACUCGUGCCAUAAAGCCGACACUUGGAACAACUGUCGGCAUGCCAGCGAACAAUGUUUCGACCGAUGGUUACCUGCCUUUGAAUAAAUCGCCCCCGGGGACAGCAGUGAUCGCGUCUCAACCGGACGGAACCAAUUUGCCUUUCAAUCGAUCCGGCACGGGAACGAUAGCAACUGGGACAGUUGCGGCCAGCGCACCCAAGGGUGAUUUUACGCUCCCCCUGGAUGAGUCCAACUUUCUUAAAGGUUUCGAGAAGUGCUCCGCAACAGAUCCGACCGCGACGGAUAAACCGGCCGUGGCACAUUCUUCGCUGCUGGGUAAUUUGCUGCCAAGCAAGGAGGAAUCGGAGAAGAUUUUUGGCAUCGCGAGCGUUAGUUUGGCACAAAGUUCUGGCCCGCUCGAUACGAAAUGUACGCUAGGGAAGUGUGGUUCCGUGCACAAACCACCGCUUGGGCCGCCCGUGCUAACGGAGUCACUGCUCGGCGGCAAUCUUUCGCCACGGGAUCGCCGUAAGGCAAAGGUCAACAUGACACAUGAACAGAUCCAGAAAUGGAUUUACGAAUCAUCGUGGUCACCGAUCGAGGACGAUCUGAAAGAUGACGAUUUGGAGGUGAUUGAACCGGGCACUCGUACACCACCGCCCACCUCGUCUUCUUCAUCGGCUGUCCAGCUUACAGUCACUACGCAACCGUCAACUGUAGCAACCGGUUCGGGGUGGGCUGGCAUGAUGGCUUCCACCUCAACACCAAUCAGCACGCCAACCGUUGGAAACAAUCGAACUAAAGAGGAACCCGAUCGUACACCUAUGAGUGGUCCAGCAGGAUCUACAGCACUAUCCACCGCAGUGGAGAAAAAGGAUGUCGUCCCGCAACCGUCACAAAAAGAAGCUGUCGUUCCGAUGGCGCAAGAGAUAAAAUCAAUAAGCGGCGAUAAAGAUAGCAACACGGCGGGCAAAAUGCAUGGGGAGGGACAACCGACGAAGGAAGUGUCCAGCGUUUCAACACCAACAAGCAAGCAGCGCGAUGCAAAGGAACAACGAAAAACGAAAGCAGAACCAACACCCACAGCACCACCAGCUACAUCGACACUGCGAACUACGGCCACAACACCCACAACAUCGGGCGAACGGAAGCCAAUCUAUCGAAAUGCGACGGGCCGUACACCGGUCUACAAACAGGAGGCGACGCUCUCGGUUAAGCAACCAGCUCCAGCAACGCAGUCUAUGCCAAGCGGACAGCACGUACCGGCGAUGACAGCCUCCACGAAACCGGUUGCCUCUGGUGCGCAAGGAUCGUCAUCCACGCCAAGCAACAACAAAUUCGGGGCCUUUUCUCCGGUAAACGAACCGAGCGUUUAUUCGUUUGAUAAGGAGGAAGAUUUUAUGCCCGUUGCAACACCAUUCCGUAGACAGCACGGUGCCAGUGCCAGCGUUGGCGGUGGUGGAAGUGGACGGCGAGAGUCAUGCAAUUCAUCCGCCCGGGAUGAACCCACCGUCGGUGGAAGCAACAAGCGCGAUACAACGCCAGUGGCCGACGAGAAGAAUGCAUUCCAGAAACCACCGGUGGUGGCAAAAGCGAACACUAUCGGUAGCACCGGUACGGUGGCCAAUUCCGAUGAGAAGAUAAAACCACCCGAAACCACCGGUGAGGAUGGUAAUGGGGAGAAAAAGGAAGAGGACCGAGCGACGCAGGUGAAGCAGGAAGCGAGCGACACCGAGCCGGACGGUGGUGGCGGACAAACGUUUUACAUUCCACUGCAAGGUCCAACGGGUGGCGGUGGUUCCACGGGUGGGAGUUCCGCGGGAAAAUCGGCCGACCAGCUCAUCCAAGGUGUUGCCGUGAAGCUCGGAACGGAAGGUCCCGACGGUCCGAAUCAACGUGUCAUAAUGCACGCGAAGCUUGUCACGAAGGCAGAGAUGGGUUCGAAUCCAACCACCCUGCCCGACUCGAUGAACGUGCAGGAGCUGGUAAAGAGUCUGACGGCACAGGGUGGUGCAGCGGCGCCACUUAGCAAGGAGGGACUGGCCAAACUGCUUCCCAUUGGGUUGCUGCAAUCUCGCUUCAAGUCCACGGAACCGGCAUCCUCGACGGAUGCCCGCACACCGACGCUAGAAGAUCGUGCCAGCGCCGAACCGAUGUCGCGCGGUUUGUCACGUAUCGCAUCCAAUUCGUCCCUUUCCUCCCAGCGCUCGAAACCGACCGGAAAGACAACGGCAAAGGGUGGAACGGCUGGUCGUGGGGGUGCAGGUGGUGGAAGCGAAGCAGUUUCAAUACCCCAGCCGGACAACAAUACUGUGUUCCCGCGUCGGGACGAUCCGGCCCAGAUGGUAGAAGCACCGGUAUUUAAGCCGACCGAAAAGGAAUUCUGCGAUCCGAUGGAGUACAUCGAACGGAUCGCACCGAUCGCGUCCCGGUUCGGCAUCUGUCGCAUCAUACCGCCGGCCAGCUUCAAGCCGGAAUGUCGCAUUGCGGACGAUAUGCGCUUCAUGGCGUACAACCAGUACGUGCACAAGAUGUUGCACCGUUGGGGACCGAGCGCGAAAGAGUACGCGGCCAUCAAGAAGUAUCUAGCGACGCAAAGCAUCAACCUACAGGCGCCACCGGUGAUCGGUGGAAUGGAAGUGGAUCUGCCCCGGCUGUACCACACCGUGCAGGAGCUCGGUGGCCUGAAGGAGGUAAUCGAGAAGAAAAAGUGGGUCCGCGUAUCGGAGGACAUGUGCAUACCGAAGGCGGCGCACGAUCGCGUCUCGAAGCUGGACGACAUCUACUGCAAGUAUCUGCUGCCGUACGAUACGCUCUCGCCGGCUGAACGCCAGAAGCUGUUCGACGAAGUCGAGGCGGACUGGGCGAAGCGGGAAGCAAAGGCACGCCGGAACGCGGACAAGGGUGUUGGUUCGGAGAUUCGCAACAGUGGCGAUUCCGACGAGGAUGAGUCCAACGACGAGGAGGAGGAAGAGGACGAAGACGAAUGCUCGAUGGAGUGCAUCGUGAAGGGACGCAGCAUGCCACUGAAUCAGUUUUUCCGUAUCGCUCGCAACACCAUGUCGCUGUGGUUCCGAAACAGUGAACCGACGGUGGCAGAAAUUGAGGCGGAAUAUUGGCGACACGUGGCCGUCCGCGAUAGUCACGUGUGCGUCCAUUCGGGUUCGAUCGAUUCCAGCGCGUUCGGAUACGGAUUUCCAAGCCCGAAGGUGAAGGGUUCGUCCUGUGCGAAACAUCCCUGGAAUCUGAAGGUGCUGACGAACAACAGUGGAUCGAUUUUACGUUCGCUCGGACCGGUUAUGGGCAUCACGAUUCCGACACUGCACGUCGGCAUGCUGUUCAGUGCCUGCUGCUGGUAUCGCGAUCCACACGGGCUGCCGUGGAUCGAAUAUUUGCACACGGGUGCGAACAAGAUCUGGUACGGUGUGCCGGACGAUCAGAAUGCAAACUUCCGUGCGGCGCUGACGGUGCUGGUGCCAACGCACUGUCAGAACAAAACGAUUUGGUUGCCGUGCGAUACGGCGAUGGUGCCACCGCACAUGCUGACCGAUCGGAGCGUUUCGCUGUGCCGAACCGAACAGCAACCGGGACAGUUUGUGGUGGUGUUCCCGCGAGCAUAUACCUCGAGCUUGUGCACUGGAUACGCGGUAUCGGAGAGUGUCUACUUCGCUACCAACAGCUGGCUCGACACGGCCAAGGAAGAUUUUAGGGACAUACAGGAAAGCUGCGAACCGACAAUGUUUUCCGUGGAGCAGCUGCUGUUUGCGAUCGCGAACGAUCAGCGCAGCAAUCAUGAUACGCUCGUUCAAGCGUAUCCCAUGAUCGUCGAUAUUUACGAAAAGGAGAAACAGCAUCGACAAACGCUAAAGGAACAAGGCGUAACGAAAUCGGAACGAAUCGAGUCAAAAAAGAAGAGCGCCUCUCUCGACGAGUUCGAAUGUGAACGGUGCCGGGCGAAUCUGUACCUUUCGCUAAUAAAGGUAAAGGUGAGUAAUAGCGACGAUGACGACGAUGACAAUACGACGGUUGAUGAGGAGGAACGCAUCUACUGUCUGAAGCACGCCGUGAAGCAUUUAGUUGACGGUGGUCUGCAGACGAAAAACUGUCGGCUAGCGUACACCUACUCACUGGAGGACAUCGAAGAGCUGCUGAAGAAGCUGCAGGAUCGUAUCGCCAACAAGAAAUCAUCGAAAUCUAGCGCCGGCAGCAGUGCUGGUGGUGGCGGAGGCGGUGGAGGAGGCGGAGGUGGUGGUGGUGGAGGAAGUGGACGGGGUAAGUCUUCGCUCCAUCUAGCGUCCACAUCGUCCCAGUCUUCUUCGUCCUAUCAGGCUCCCAGUCAUAGCAAGUAUGCCGGUAUGGCUACGAUGUUGAAGUAAGCUUAAGAAGGCAACCCCUCACAUGAAACCGAUCUAUUGCUGUGCGAGAAACUUCCUAUCUUCUGCAGUACCGUAAGAAAAAAAGGGGAACAUUAUGUUCCCCGUUCAAAGGCCAAUUAAUUCAUGGUACAAUGGAGGGGGAUAGCAUAGCAUGGAUGCCACCAAGCGCCAUGGUCAAGGUUUCUAUUUAAAUUUGUUGCUUUAUUCGAUUUGUACAUUUUUUGUUCCUUUUCACUAAUCUAUGUGAGCAUAUCAAUCAUACUGGACAGACACGGAAACAUCACAUCACAUUAGUUACAACAGACAUUUAACAUCCCUUGUUUUUUUUUGCACAGUAUUUAAACGGUGGCUCUCACCGGUACCCUUCUGUAGAGUUUCUCUUUGUACGCCACAGUAUUAACUUGCAUCGAUUAUAUCUAUCAGUAAGCUUACUAUCUCUGGAUGUACGCGUAGGAAUCAUAGAAAUAAUCCAAGAGGCAAUAGAAAUGAAAACUGUAAUCUUAUUGGGCUAGCUUGCAAUGAAGCGUGGAUGUAUUUCUACUUCCAUGGACUCCUCACAGUUGGGUAUGUCGUGCUGACAUGGUUAGCAGGUUACCAAUCGUAUUGCAGGGCUGUUAGUAACUAGAUGAUGUACGAAAAAGACGAGGGAUUACCGACCGGUUACGAUCACUGUUGGCUGCAACAACCACAACAGUCCUCCAAAACCGGAAUAUUUCGUUUAUGGCAGGAACAUACCGCUAGAAUGAUGCCACGUUUAGGAGCAAUGAAGUAUGGAUUUUAAGUUCCCCGUUGUAAUAAUAAAGUCUCGCUAUCAUUGGUGCACGCUGCUUACCAACACCUCUUUCGCUCCUGGUAGAAUAGUAACGGUGUGGUAAAAAGAUAGAAAAUGGCUUCUAACAAAACACUACCCUUUUCCCCCCAAAUGCCAAAUAUGCACUUCGAUAUGAUUGGAGGCAUAACGAUCGGAGAUGAGUGUGUUUGUGUUAAACAAGGGCAAAUAGUAGGUAGGAAAUAAUGGCACCCGAGAACACUUCAUGAUAUUACUAUUAGGCAAUGAAUACGCUUCUUCGAUCGUAGCGCAUUGAAUUACUAAUGGUUGGUUUAGAGCAAAACCAAGAAACGAUGUUGAAUGUUUGCCCUACUAGGAACUCUUUGCCUUUACACGUAAAGCGUUUAGCCUCAUAAUCAGCUGUCGGGAGAGGGAACUCCAUCACCGAAUAACCAAGGAGAACUACCAUAACUUCCUUGAAAGCCGCAAACUACUUAGCACAUUCCCAAGCGAUCCAGCAAUUGUCCGUAACACAAUGAUUGUGUUGGCACAUACAAGAAGAAACUCUGCAUCCAUCGCACAUUGGGACAAACAUUUCCAUCAAACAGAACUACGACGGUUACUAAGAACUAACCUUCCUACGAAAUCCUACGAGUUCACAUCCUGCUUCAUCAUCUCGGAUAGUUUCGUUCCAGCAGUGCUAGGAGAAGAUAUAAAGUAGGAUAUUGCCAACCGCGUCUGGGCCUUAUGCUAAUUGAUUGAUCAAUCUAUAUCGCUUUCCGGCAGCAUAAACGCCACCAACAAACGUGGAUUGCAUGUUUCCUUUCCCCCCGCAUAUGUUUUGUUUUUACUUUACGAAUGUAAAUUGUGUGUAGUGUGCAUAUGUUCGUGUGCGUGUGUGUAUAUACAUUUAGAUAUAAAUAUGUUGCAUCCUUGCCUUUGAAGGAUGCAUGCUGUAGAAGAUGGCAAUCGUGUGAGACAAUGGCGCAAUACGAAGACUAGUCGGUUGAACUUAGCAAUUAAACAAAGGAAGGGAAGAUAAACGGGAAUAGAAAACAUCACCUUUAGUAGGGCAUAGGUAAGGAUUAAUUUAUAAAGAUAUGAAGCCACACAGGUUUGGAAUAUAUGAUGAGCAAAUGCGAAAGAAAGAAAAAACGGAUUGCGACAUCAAAUGAUUACAUGUUAAGAGUAAUGGAAUGUGCUAAUGCUUUAGAAAAGAUAUAGUAUAACACAGUGAAAAGUGGGGGCGGAUGAGUGAUACGUUUACAACCAUGCACGCAUAUACAUACCCAAUACCACCACGGAAAAGUGGAAUAAAACAGAUCCUUUAAAUAUAUAUAUAUAGAUAUAUACAUAUAUGAAAACAAAACGUUUGCACUAUAAGCGUGAGGGAAAUUUGUGGCAUAAAAAGAGUUUAGAGUUUAACAAAAAAGGCAAACGAAAACAGAGAAAACAUCAAAAUGAACUAUUUACUGCAAACUUUUCGCUGAUGGUGCCACUUUGGCCGAGUGGAAAGAAGUUUCGUUUAAAGGCAGAGCCGAUUUAGGCGGGACAACGACCUGCACUGCAAAUUCAAUUGGUUAAAAAAAAAGAAACAUACAUACACACACCCCCACAGCCACUUAUAAAAGAGUUCAAUAUAUGUUUAGUAAUAGAAAUCCCCUAAAAAAAAGUGAUCCUAGUGUUGAAUAUCCCCUUAAUAAGCUGCUUAUUCUGCUAGUAA